AUGAGACAGAGCGGCACCACCCACCCCCGACUGUUCAACAUGUAUUUGCCAGAUCCCAUCGGGGAGUCUCUGUUCAAGGAAGGCAAGAAUCCGGGCUGGGGAUCCCUCAAUCCCGCCGUGCAGAAAGGCAGCGGCCAGAUCCAGCUGUGGCAGUUCCUGCUAGAGCUCCUGGCGGACCGGGCGAACGCGGGCUGCAUCGCAUGGGAAGGUGGCCACGGCGAGUUCAAGCUCACGGACCCGGACGAGGUGGCCCGGCGCUGGGGCGAGCGCAAGAGCAAACCCAAUAUGAACUACGACAAACUCAGCCGGGCGCUGCGCUACUACUACGACAAGAACAUCAUGAGUAAAGUCCACGGCAAGCGCUACGCCUAUCGCUUCGACUUCCAGGGCCUAGCUCAGGCCUGCCAACCUCCCCCGGCCCACGCCACCGCUGCUCACCACCAUCACGCCCCACAUGAGGGAGCGCUCUACAAGUUGCCCCCCGGCCUCUCCCCUUUAUCCUUCCCCGGCCUCUCCAAGCUCAACCUCAUGGCCGCCUCGGCUGGGGUGGCCCCUGCCGGAUUCUCUUACUGGCCGGGCCCAGGUCCGGCUGCGGCCCUCUACCCCAGCCCGGGCCUUCAGCCCCCCACCGGGCCUUUCGGGGCUGUGGCCACCCCGCACCUCGGGGGAGUGGGUGGACACUAUCAGUAG